AUGGCUGAUAUUCGUAAGCGUGUCCUAGUCGCAGGCCUUGGCCGCUUCGUCGCUGCGGAGUAUGAGGCGGGAAGCAAACUUGGAGUGCAGAAAUCCAACAAGCAGACGAUGGUCGAGGAUAUCGAGAAAGCUAAAGCGGCCGGCUAUGACUGCUCUGGCCUGGACGUCAAUCCGGAUCAGGCAGAAGCGACAAUUCAGCAGAUUAAAGAGAUACUGCAAGGCCAACAUUACGAUCUCUUCGUCAUAGGGUUCGGCCUCAGAAGCAAUCCGACACUCACCCCCUUGUUCGAAGACGUAGUAAACGCAUGUGUCGAGGUGUCGCCAAAAACCAAGUUUGGCUUCAACCCUUUACCAAACGAAUUGUAUUCGACGAUCUUAAGGUUAUUACCAAAGAAGCUCGCAUAA